AGCCGUUUCGGCCCGGGCACGCCCCGUGACCCCGCGACACCCCGAGCCCCUCUCCUCGACCAGAAACCGAGUGGUGCCGUUUUUGUUUUUCUGGUCCCCCUCCGCAUCCCAGCGGACGAUGUCGCUGGCUUUUGCUGCCGCCCCCCCCGCCGUGGCGCCCGAGGCCGCGCCGCGCCUCCUGCGGGCCGGCCGGCCCGCUGCUGCGGCGGCGGGCUCCUUCGCGGGCAUCCCGGCCACCGUGGGGCUCGGCGCGGCGGCCAUCGCCGUGGGCUCCUCCGUCGUCACGCGCCGCGCGGCCGCGGUGAAGAAGAAGGGCGUCAAGGUCGUGUCGCAGCUGGGCGGCAAGGAGAUCCCGUGGAACCUGUUCAUGCCGAAGGCGCCGUACCAGGGCAAGGUGGUGAAGAACGACGUGCAGGCGCACACCAUCACCAAGCCCAACAGCGACGCCCCCGGAGACGCCAACUGGGAGACGACGCACGUGACCUUCGACCACGGCGGCAAGGUGCCGUACGUCGAGGGACAGUCCAUCGGCGUCAUCGCCCCUGGCCCCGACAAGAAGGGCGAGACCCCAGCCAAGAUCCGCCUCUACUCGAUCGGCUCGUCGGCGGUCGGCGACUGCCAGGACUCCAAGACGGUCUCCCUGUGCGUCAAGCGCGUCGUCGAGGUGGAGGAGGAGAAGUGGCCCCUCAAGCACUUCAACCGCGAGGUCGGCGAGGACAAGCCUGACAAGGCUGGCACCUGCUUCCCCGCCGCCAAGGUCUACCGCGGCGUGUGCUCGAACCACAUCUGCGACAUGAGCGAGGGCGACGAGGUGCUCAUCACGGGCCCGACCGGAGCCGAGAUGCUCCUGCCGGUCGAGCAGGACUGCAACAUCAUCAUGCUCGCGACAGGCACCGGCAUCGCGCCGAUGCGCUCCUACAUGCGCCUGCUCUUCCACGACAAGGUCGGCGCCAAUGCCGACGGGUCCAGGAAGUUCCAGGGCCUGGCGUGGCUCUUCCUCGGCGUCCCGUACUCGAACUCGCUGCUCUACGUCGAUGAGCACGACGAGGGGACGGCGGGCACGAAACAGUUCCCUGACCAGUUCCGCGCCGAUUACGCGAUCUCGCGGGAGCAGAAGAGCGCCACCGGCCAGAGGAUGUACAUCCAGACGAAGAUGGCCGAGUACGCGGAGGAGCUCUGGGAGCUGAUGCAGUCGCCGAAGACGCACAUCUACAUGUGCGGCCUGAAGGGCAUGGAGGCUGGCAUGGAGGAGUGCUUCUCGCCCCUCGCCGAGAAGGCGGGCGUGGACUGGAAGGAGUUCGCGAAGGAGAUGAAGAAGGCCCACCGCUACCACGUGGAGGUGUACUGAGCCAGAGGCGCACCGCUCGAGGGCGGCGUGAGACAAUCCGUGCCCCGCGGAACUCGACCGAGCCCGCUUGGCGGCACGGGGAGUGUCGCGUUCCGCGCCGAGCCGCUCCCUCUUGGCCGAUCUGCCUUCGCUUCCCCCCAGGCGAUGGGCGGAGGAGUCUGGCACUGGGAUUAUUGUGAUUUUCUUCCGGUGGGAGUAAUCGACGUGCAUUCCCCCUGCUGUCUACGCCCUGCCACCUCACGGCGUUCUCCAUGUGCCGUGGUGGGCAUCUCCCACGGUCUUGCGUGCACCUUCCCCGCUAUCCAUGCCCGGAUGGCUGAUGCCAGCAGCACUGCACCCUGCUCGAUACCUGGAUGCCCUGCCGCCGCGCGCACCCUUCACGCUUUGCCCGCCGCGUCGCCGCGCGCAGGGCCGCCACUGCCAAAACGUGUGUGUGUGUGUGUGUGUGUGUGUGCGUGUGUGUGCGUGUGGGUGUUGUGGCCAGGCCAGUGAUGUCUCCUGGCCUUCACGCCCCCCCCCUCCUUCGCGCACGUGCCUCGGGCCACGGUGCCUGGCCCGCCUGUGGGCGCACCGGAGGCUCGUCGCCCUGCCCCGCCGUGCCGCGGGCUCGCAGGCGCUCCUGCUUCUCAGUGCGGGCCGCCGGUCCUGGCACGUGCUCGUUUUUUUUUCAGCGCCGCCUUGGCGCUCCCGGCGCAGCUCGUCUUGGCGGUGGGGCAGCUCUGCGGGGGAAGGGGGCGGCGAGCGUGAACACCACGGGCUCUGUGCAGGGCCUGCAGAUGGCAUGCCUCGCCUGCACGCCGCUGCCUCUCGUCGCGACCGCCGUCACCACGGGUGGCCCGAGGGCGCUCCCGUCGUCAGGCGCGCGCGUCUCUGCUCCUCCUCGUGGUCGCACUUCCUCCUGCCUCCUGCCUCCUCUUGCCUCCUGCCUCUUCCCUGCCCCUCGCCAUCCUCCUCCUCCUCCUCCUCCUC